AUGGGAGGUUACCUCUCCGACCUUGGCGCUCGCUACUUCGGCAUGCGUGCCCGUCUUUGGAACAUUUGGAUCCUCCAGACAGCCGGUGGAGUCUUCUGCAUCUGUCUUGGUCGUGCAUCCAGUCUCCCCACCUCCGUCACAUGCAUGGUCCUCUACUCCAUUUGCGUCGAGGCUGCAUGCGGCGCAGUCUAUGGUGUCAUCCCCUUCGUCUCCAGGCGCUCCCUUGGGCUCAUCUCUGGCAUGAGCGGUGCUGGUGGUAAUGUCGGUGGCGGCCUCACACAAUUCCUCUUCUUCACAUCAUCCCAGUACACCACAGGCAAAGGACUCCAGUAUAUGGGCAUCAUGAUCAUGGUGUGCACGCUUCCUGUCGCGCUCGUUCACUUCCCACAGUGGGGCUCAAUGCUCCUCCCUCCUAGCGCCGAUGCCACCGAGGAGGAGUACUAUGGUGCCGAAUGGACCGAGGAAGAGAAGAGCAAGGGCCUCCACAUCGCCGGCCAAAAGUUCGCCGAGAAUAGCAUCUCUGAGCGUGGCAAACGCAAUGCCAUCCUCGCCGUACCUUCCAGCCCACCAAACAACACGCCCCAGCACGUAUAA